UGUGUGUGUGUGUGUGUGCUGGCGCCUCACCAGUCUAGCACUACCAGUCUGGGGUUACUAAGGGUGGCGGGCAGCGGGCGUCAGCCGGAGGUGCGGGGUUGAGGCGCCACACACCAUGGGGAAGCGAGGACAGCGGCGAAUACUGGACAGAGGUGGCGGGAAGGGUGGUGGUGGUGAUGGCGAAGGGAAGGGCGAGAAGAGGCUGCCCUGGCAACACGAACAGGGGUCCCCCGGGCAGCGAGUGGCGGCCCUCCUGCUGUCCCCGCGCCUCUCUGACCUCACCAUAACAUUCCCCGGCAGACACAAUCCAGUCAAGGCACACCGGAUGGUACUGGCGAUGCACUCUCCCGUGCUGGAGGCGGCGCUGUACCGAGGGGCGGGUCCAGGGCUGCAGGUGUUGGUCAGUGAGGACCCCCCGGAGGCGUUCCUGUGGCUGCUGCGUCACAUGUACCGCGGCCCCGCCCCCCUGCCCUCCCUCGGCCUGACCCUGCAGCUGGCCGUGCUCGCUAAGAAGUACCAGGUGGCCGCCCUCGCCAAGCAGUGCUCCGAGUACCUGCAGGACAGCGUGGCGCGCAGCACAGUGCUCAGCAUCUACAACGUGGCCACAGCACUCAAGGACGCCAAAUUGCUACUACGGUGUAUCAAGACGGUGCGGGAGAGUGGUACGGAGCUCCUGGUGUCAGCGGCAGUCGGGGAGCUGGAGCGGCCUGCCCUAGCGAGUCUUCUGAAGCAUCUAAAGCACGUGCCUCACUCCUUAGUCUUCCGCUGCAUCAUUACCUGGGGACAAGUUCGCAUCGCCUCCCGCGGCGUGGACCCCAACCGCAGUCUGCUGAAGGAGGAGGUGGAGGAGUUCCUGCCGCGCGUCAGCUUCCUGGCCAUGAGCACGCAGGACUUUGUGGCACACGUGAUGCCCUCCGGUGUGUUCAGCCCUGGGGAGGAUCUGGCCAUCCUGCUCAAUAUGGCGGGGUACAAAGUUAACCUACCGCAGGAGUGCCUUGGAGGAGGAGGAGGAGGAGGAGGAGGAGGAGGAGGAGAAGGAGGAGAAGAGGACAGUGGUGGUGGUGGUGGUGGUGGGUCGGUUUCCAAAGCUUUGAGUAAAAGGAAGGAUCUUUUCACCAAGUUCCAUUGAUAUUUCCAUUCCAUUGUUUCCUCUCGUACGUAUACACACACACACACACACACACACACACACACACACACACACACACACACACACACACACACACACACACACACUACAGCCAUUCAUCCUCGUCUCCAUCACGUCUCAUCUCCAAUAAUAUGUUCGCUCGCCACCAUCUGUCACCUCCACUACCACCACCACCACCACCUCACCACCAGCCGGGUCUAUUCUCUCAUCACAGGCUCAAUACUCUCACCAUCCUGUUUGUGCAUCUGUCUUCCUCCGUCAGUGUGAAUGACAAUGAAUGAUAGUGAAUAAUGUGAUGUCUGUGUUUUGUGAACGUGAUAAUACUCUGUGAUCUGUGAACGAUUAUGGUGUGAAAACAUGUGAAAAUGAGUCCUGAAAUAGUUCCUCUUUUGAAAGUGUUCUGUGUUCCUAUAUUGAAUUAUAAUGGAGAGAGGUCUUAAAAAAUAGUUGUUCCGAUAAAAUGACGGCUUAAAAGUGAAAAAAAAAAAGAUGCGAAAAACUGUUCCUAUACCGAAUUAUAAUGUAGAAAUGUCAAAAAAUAAAUAAAUAAAUGUUCGCAUAAAAUCAUGGCGCCUUAAGAUCAUAAAUUAUUCUCACUAAAUGAAAGCGUCUCAUAAAAAAGACUAAUAAAAAAAACCGCUCUUCCUGUAAAACUAUGAUGUAAAAAAUGAAUAAAAAAAAAAAGAAAAAAGAAAAACUGUACCUACAAAAUUAAAGCAUAUGGUAACUUUUUGCGGUAUUCGGCUCAUGUUGUCAAGUGCGCCGAGUAAUUUCCAUGCCACUGACACACACACUCUUGACUCUCACUCUUUCACCACCGCCACCACCUCUUCCCUCAUCCAUCACUGGUCGUCCGUCUGUAAUCUAUAAGUCUUUAUAAUCUUCCCCUUCCUUUCAUAUCAGUCUCUACAAAUUAUAAUAUAGGUAAUCCAUAAUCCCCCAUACCUCACUUCCCCUCCUCCCUCCCCCCCGUUCUCUCUUCCCUCCUUCCUUCCCCCCCUCUCUCUCUCUGUCUUCCCUCCUUCCCUUCACAUAACUCUCUCUUCUCUCCCUUCCUUCCACACAUCGUCUUCCCACUUACCUCCUCCACCUCCACAUGCCUCCUAAUUUCCUCCCUCCCAUCCACAUUCUUCUCAUCCCUUUCACACUCUGAAUUCCCUCCUCCUCCUCCUCCUCCUCCUCUUCCUCCUCUUCCUCCUCCUCCUGUUCAUCUUCCAGCAUGUUUCGGCAGGUUAGUAAAAGGAAAAGCAACCUCAUCUCUCGCCAAAGGAACAAUGUAACUCCUCAGCAAGCAAGUGGAGAAUAAAGUUACACAAAGACUGACGUGAAAAGGUUGAUUGUAGAAGCGAAUGUGAAUUUUGUGCUCAAUACCGAACAAGUAUUUUCUGAA